AUGUGGAUCCUGGAGAAUACCGAGGCCUUUGAAGGCCGAAAGCUAUGGUUGCGACCAGGGAAAACAUAUUUAUUUGGCCGAACCGCAGCAGAACCUGGCCAAUUGGCUAUAUCGCACAACACCAUCUCACGCAAGCACUUGACUGUCACAGUCAGCCCCGUCGAACCGGGCCAGUCGCACAAUCCCUCGAGCCGCUCUACCCUCACCAUAGAAGACCUCGCGACCAAAAUUGGCACCGUCGUCAAUGGAGAAAAAAUAAAGGGUACACAAAAGGUAGUCGAGGGAGACAAGGCUGAGUUUACUAUGGGAAAAUGCCCAAACAAAUUUUGCAUCUCGUGGGAACCAAUCGUCUUCGCAUUUUCGUUUACUAGCAAGGAACUUCAGACGGACCCUUUGGCAACCCUUAGAGAGAGAUUUGAACAGCUCGAUAUCAAGAUCGUACACGAAUACGUCAACACCACAACACAUGUGGUUUCCAAAAAGCGAAAUACUGCAAAGGGACUGCAAGCCCUGAUAAAUGGAAAGCAUAUCGUCACAGAGACUUUCCUCGACGCUGUGGUUGAAGCAGGGACUUUACCAGAAGGUGCAGAGCCUACGGAGCUAAGCCCACUGGAACAAGACUUGGUUCAAAACUGGCCCGAUGCCCUGCAGCACUUACCUCCCAGAGGUGGUGAGCCUGUACAGCAUCCCGACUCGACGUAUGCCCCAGACACGGGACGGAGAGAUAUUUUCGAGGGGUACACUUUCAUCUUCUACGACCAGGUUCAGUACAACAAUCUGCUAGCACCCGUUACGAGUGGCGGCGGCAAGGCGUUGAUACGUAAAGUUAUACCGAUGGAAACUGAAGUGGACGAGUUUGUACAAUAUGUCAAGGGUGUUGCCGGAGAAAAAGGCCUCGGCGCUUUUGACGACGGCAGUGAGGGUAAAGGCGUUGUGGUCGUUCGCUUUAUACCCUCGAAAGGAGAUACCAUCGACUGGUAUGUUGAGUUCUUUCAGACUGUGUCUUUAAGAUUGGAUCAUCGUCCCAUUGAGCAGAGUGAAUUCCUGGAGGCAAUUCUCAUCAAGGACGCGAGUAUUCUUCGACGACCUCUUGAAGUCGAGUCUUCACACAACACUCAGGAACCAAACCACACUCAACAAGAAGCCGAAGUAUCAGACGGCUCACAAAACCUCAACAUGCAAGCUCAAGCCCCACAGCCAGCUGAAGAGACACAAACCGCAUCUCGUCGAGGCAGAACGAGGAAAACAAUCAAAAGACGGUUCGCAGGGUUUGACGAUGAGAGUGAUGUUGAUAUGGACAGUAUCCCUCCGGCCCCAGCCCCAGCCCCAGAACCGGCUCCAGUACCCGCGUCUAAGCCUAGGACCCGACCUACUACACAACUGCAACCAGAGGAAGAAGGAUUGUUUGUUUCCCAGGAAUUGGAUAACCCCCUCGAGCCUCAGCCAUCUAGCAACACUCAUUCAUCGCAAAGGAAGAGAAAAGCCUCACCGAUACCUGAAGAUGGUCUCAUGGAUGGUAUGACAACAGCGGCAGAGAAAUUCAAGCGUCAGCGAAUAGAAAGAGGCGAUGACAUGGACGAGUUACCUGAGCAAAUGGAGGUUCAGAAGGAAGAGACAGUCCCGACACCAAAGAAGAAAAUCAAGAAAGAGUUCGAUAUUCUGGCAAUGGCUGCUCAGAACAAAGAAAAGGAAGAAGCCCGUGCUCGAGCAGAGAAAGAAGACCUGGCAAAUCUGCCCGACGACGUUGAUCUUGCAGAGAUUCGCAGGCUUAACAUUGUGGAACACAUGGAAGUGCGACAGCCCGUCCAAAGUCGCACUAGAGAACAAGAUAUCCGUGAUGGAAGAUGGAACCCUAAAUGGAAUGGGAUGAAGAACUUCAAAAAAUUCAGACCGAGAGGCGAGGUAGCCGGACGACAACCAGCGAGGACCAUUGUGCCCCUGAUACAAGUCAAGACCAAGGAGUUUGGCGUUGGUGAUGACUACUGGCUUGAGGAUGAGUCAAUCGAUCGCAGGAAGAGUAACCCAAGCAGAGAGACACAGCCCUCAGCCCCAUCGCCAACUCCUGUUCCUGCCCCAACACGCUCUCAAAAACGAACUGUCCCCACCAUUAUAUCUGACAGCAGUGACGAAGAGGACAGUGGAAUUACGCAGCGAUCAUCAGCGCCGGCAACACGAACACGCGGAGCGCAAGCCGCAGCGUCGCAGUCACAAUCCCAAGCCAACACAAAGAGCCAAGCAUCCCGGACCACUGCCACCAGCCAGGGAAGCAAACGAUCUGCAGCAGAGCCUGCUGCAGGACAGAGGCCUCCAAAACAGGCGCGACCAACGAGAAAGACUAUGGAAAUCGCCGAAAGUGAUGAUAGUGACGAUGAGCUCAAGUUUCGGUUUGGCAAGAGACGGUAG